UCCUCAUCCCGGUGCUGGUGAGCUCGGCCGGCACGUCGGCGCACUAUGAGAUGCUGGGCACCUGCCGCAUGGUCUGCGACCCCUACGGGGGCACCAAGGCGCCCAGCACCGCCGCCACUCCAGACCGCGGCCUCAUGCAGUCCCUGCCCACCUUCAUCCAGGGCCCCAAAGGCGAGGCCGGCAGGCCGGGGAAGGCAGGCCCGCGAGGGCCCCCCGGGGAGCCCGGGCCACCGGGCCCCGUGGGUCCCCCGGGUGAGAAGGGCGAGCCCGGCCGCCAGGGCCUGCCGGGCCCGCCCGGGGCGCCCGGCCUGAACGCAGCUGGGGCCAUCAGCGCUGCCACCUACAGCACGGUGCCCAAGAUCGCCUUCUACGCCGGUCUCAAGCGGCAGCACGAAGGCUACGAGGUGCUCAAGUUCGACGACGUGGUCACCAACCUCGGCAACCACUAUGACCCCACCACGGGCAAGUUCACCUGCUCUAUCCCGGGCAUCUACUUCUUCACCUACCACGUCCUGAUGCGCGGCGGCGACGGCACCAGCAUGUGGGCUGAUCUCUGCAAAAACAACCAGGUGCGUGCUAGUGCGAUUGCCCAGGACGCUGAUCAGAAUUACGACUACGCGAGUAACAGCGUGGUCCUGCAUUUGGAGCCAGGAGAUGAAGUCUACAUCAAAUUAGAUGGCGGGAAAGCCCAUGGAGGAAACAACAACAAAUACAGCACAUUUUCUGGAUUUAUUAUCUACGCUGACUGAGAGUGAAGACACUAAGCUUAGGAUUCUGAGUUUGGACACUGGAUUCGCGUGGCUAACGUCUGUGCAUCAAGGAUCCCAGGGGAAUGCCAGUUGUGGGGCACCUCAGUGGUGUAUGUGUGGGGCAUUCGAAUGCUACCUGACUCACAUCUGUAUACUCAGAAACAUUAUGUAAAA